AUGGCGUCUCAGAAGCACGGCGGUGGGGGAGGGGGCGGCUCGGGGCCCAGCGCGGAGUCCGGGGGAGGCGGCUUCGGGGGUUCGGCGGCGGUCGCGGCAGCGGCGGCGGGGGCCGCGGUGUUACCGGUAAAGAAGCCAAAACUGGAGCACGUCCAGGCUGACCACGAGCUUUUCCUCCAGGCCUUUGAGAAACCAACACAGGUAUAUUGAUUUCUUCGAACUCGAAAUCUUAUCGCGCCAAUAUUUUUGCACAGAACUCCUUACAUGUCUCAUCGAAACUCCAGAACAAACAGCAAAAGGAAAGCAUUUAAAGUUGAUGAUAUGUUAUCAAAAGUAGAGAAAAUGAAAGGAGAGCAAGAAUCUCAUAGCUUGUCUGCACAUUUGCAACUUACAUUUACUGGUCUCUUCCACAAAAAUGAUAAGCCAUCACAAAACUCAGAAAAUGAACAAAAUUCUGUUACCCUGGAAGUCCUGCUUGUGAAAGUUUGCCACAAAAAAAGAAAGGAUGUAAGUUGUCCAAUAAGACAAGUCCCUACUGGUAAAAAGCAGGUGCCUUUGAAUCCUGACCUCAAUCAAACCAAACCAGGAAAUUCCCCAUCUCUGGCAGUUUCCAAUCCAAAAGGUGCUAGGAUAGAUGUUUCAAUCAAUGAGUGUUAUGAUGGCUCCUAUGCAGGAAAUCCUCAGGAUAUACAUCGCCAACCUGGAUUUGCUUUUAGUCGAAAUGGACCAGUAAAUAGAACACCUAUCACACAUAUUCUUGUUUGCAGGCCAAAACGAACAAAAGCAAGCAUGUCGGAGUUUCUUGAAUCUGAAGAUGGAGAAGUAGAACAGCAGAGAACGUAUAGCAGUGGACACAAUCGUCUCUAUUUCCACAGUGAUACCUGCUUACCUCUUUGGCCAUAAGAAAUGGGAGUAGAUAGUGGAGAUGAGAAAGAUCCAGAAUGGCUGAGAGAAAAAACCAUUACUCAAGUUGAAGAAUUUUCUGAUGUGAAUGAAGGAGAGAAAGAAGUAAUGAAACUGUGGAAUCUCCAUGUCAUGAAGCAUGGAUUUAUUGCUGACAAUCAAAUGAAUCAUGCCUGUAUGCUGUUUGUAGAAAAUUAUGGACAGAAAAUAAUUAAGAAGAAUUUAUGUCGAAACUUCAUGCUUCAUCUAGUCAGCAUGCAUGACUUUAAUCUCAUUAGCAUAAUGUCAAUAGAUAAAGCUGUGACCAAGCUCCGAGAAAUGCAGCAAAAACUAGAAAAAGGAGAAUCUGUGGUCCCUGCAAAUGAAGAAAUAGCUGAGGAACAAAAUGGGACAUCAAAUGGAUUCAGUGAAACUAACUCAAAAGAGAAAGCUUUGGAAACUGACGGUGUCUCAGGGGUUCCAAAACAGAGCAAGAAACAAAAGCUCUGA